CUCGUCCCACUGAAGCGCAGCCCCUGGCGCCCUGAAACCGCUGCCAAACACCGCCGCAGCCAAAACCCCCCACCACAGAAACUCGAUGGCCAUCUUGGGCCGCUGAUGAAAGCAUCUAAUCUCUAAUCACAGCCAUCCAUCCACCUCCUACAUCACCCGCAUAUCGGCAUCCUGUCGGGCUGUCUUCGACCCAGCAGCUUGCGACGUCGCCUCUCCCAGUCGCUACGAUGACGGCAAACGUACCUCGACCAGGGCCUGCCAACCUGGGCCCCAAUGCCGGGCUAGACGAGUGGCUGGAGGAGGCCAAGCAGUGCCACUACCUGCCCGAGAGGGCCAUGAAGGAGCUGUGCGAAAAGGUCAAGGAGAUAUUGAUGGAGGAGUCCAACAUCCAGCCCGUCUGCACGCCCGUCACCGUCUGCGGCGACAUCCACGGCCAGUUCUACGACCUGCUCGAGCUCUUCCGCGUCGCCGGCGGCAUGCCGGGCGAGACCAACGUCCAGGCGCCCAAGUCGGCGACCACCGUCAUCACCUCCGAGGACAUCGAGCCGCCCACCGAGAUCACAAACCCGAAGCUGCGCAAGAAGCUAAAGUCGCCUGGGGGCGGCGCCGAUAGCGCGGGCGACGCGGACGGCGACGAGGACGGCGAGGACGAGCAGCAGCAGCAGGCAGCCGGCGAUGUGCCCGCGACGAGCACGGUGACGUCGUCGCAGAGCGCGGAGACUCGCUUUGUCUUUCUUGGAGACUACGUCGAUAGAGGAUACUUUAGCUUGGAGGCGUUUACAUUGCUCAUGUGCUUGAAGGCAAAAUACCCCGAUCGCAUUGUUCUUGUCCGAGGGAACCACGAAUCCCGCCAAAUCACACAGGUGUACGGCUUCUACGAAGAAUGUCAGCAGAAAUACGGCAACGCAUCCGUAUGGAAGGCAUGCUGCCAUGUCUUCGACUUCCUCGUUCUCGCUGCCAUCGUCGAUGGGGAGCUCCUCUGCGUCCACGGCGGCCUGAGUCCCGAGAUCCGGACUAUCGAUCAGAUCCGUGUCGUUGCCCGCGCGCAGGAAAUCCCCCACGAGGGAGCGUUUUGCGAUCUCGUAUGGUCAGAUCCUGACGACAUUGACACGUGGGCCGUGAGCCCGAGAGGAGCAGGGUGGCUGUUUGGCGACAAGGUUGCCACCGAGUUCAACCAUGUCAACGGCCUAAAGUUGAUUGCGCGAGCGCAUCAGCUUGUGAAUGAAGGAUAUAAAUAUCAUUUUGACGAAAAUUCAGUCGUGACGGUCUGGUCGGCGCCCAACUACUGCUACCGAUGCGGCAACGUCGCGUCAAUAAUGACGGUCGACAAUGACCUGGCCCCCAAGUUUAGCAUAUUCUCCGCGGUUCCAGAUGACAUGAGGCAUGUCCCCGCAAGUCGUAGAUCGCCGGGCGACUACUUUUUGUGAUGAGACUG